AUGAAAAGACCCGCAUCUCCUUUGGAAAAAACAGGUCAGUUCUGCUGUGCUCCAAGUCUGUCAAUCACUUCUGAUACUUUGAUUGAAUUGACCAAUUUAGUUGAGGCUUUGAGAGAGAAACUUGCCAAUGCUGGUCUCAACUCUGUAUCGCAAGAAAUUGAAAUGUUGAAAGACAAAGUUGCUGGUAUAAAAACUACGCUACGGGCUUUGGAGGACACAAUUCAACGAGGUGUGGAGGAGAUGGAUAGUAAAGCUGCCCAGGAUGUUAAGCUCCUGUACCCCGUUAUGGUAGAUCAUACAAAAGAAAUUACUUUAGUCAAGCUCAAGCUCGACAGUCUACAAGCUCAAGUUGAAGAUAUACAAGAUGAGGCCACCCGUGAAUACCAACAUACCCGAGCACUUGAGAUUGUUGUCCAGAAGCUCAUAGAUGCCUCUCCAGCUCACAGCCAUAUUGAUGUCAGAUUUGAGAUAGAAAAUUUCAGCGAUGAGCGUUAUCAUUAUCAUCAAGUACAUCUCCAAGACCCUAUAAGUGUAGAGGCUCCUGUAUCAGAUCCCACCCUUGGAUCCUAA